UUGAACAGGAAGGCGGACAUAUUUGUGAGAGUGCUCCCUCCUUGAUUAGCUACUGAGGCGGUGGUGGCUUUCCUGGGGCCUCGUACUUUUGCCUUCCUUCGCUUCUGUCUGCAGUUGGAAAGAGCUUUCUUUUCUUCUCUUCCCCCCCCACACAACACGAUAGAACAAGGUGGGGCAGUAGAAGAGUGGAGCCCGGCCAAGCUGCACCUACUUCUCUGAGACUGGAAGCCCGGUCCACAUCGGGAAAGGAAGGGAAGAAAAAGCGCAGCCACCGUGAGAGCCGGAGAAGAGAAGGGAAAAGGGGGCGAGGAGAGGAGGAAGCUACCUCAACCGUUACGCGGCUGUCGAUGAAACCGCGUGCGUCUCGAGGGUAAGGCGGAGGUGUCUGCUUUCUCUUCCGAUCCAGAAUUGGAGGCUAGCGCGGCCUCCGGGCGGCUCGCCCUUGUUACCUUCGCCGUGGCUUGAGUACGAAUGAAGCCGUGCGCCUCCUCAGGCCCGAGUCUCUCUGGAGGGAGCAGCUCGAUGACGCUCCGUUGAGAAAGUUUCCUGUUUUUCAUGGGCCUCAGGCUGGAGACAAGAGCAGACUGGAAGGCUUGUGACUAUCGCAUAGAGACUCGCGGGGCAACGGAGAAGGCGGCUCUCCCAGGAGGGAGCAGCGCCUCUCUUCCCGUUUUCGACGUUCGCUCUUUGUCGCGCGACGAUGUGUAGAGGGGGGAGGACAAGGGACAACCCCAGCGCGUCUCCGGCUCUUCUCUGAGAGGGCGAGCUCAGGGAGCCCCUCCAGAUUUGAUUUCCUGUGGAUUAAGGAGACCGCCUCUUCAACAUUAUGUCGACGGGAGAAAGCUUUGAGUCCCGCUUUGAAAAAAUCGGGAUGAUGAUAAAGGACCCCAAAUCUGAAGUAAAUUCGGACUGCUUACUGGAUGGAUUAGAUGCCUUGGUAUAUGAUUUGGAUUUUCCUGCUUUGAGGAAAAAUAAAAACAUAGACACCUUUUUAAAUAAAUACAAAGAUACAAUAAACAAAGUAAGAGAUCUCCGUAUGAAAGCUGAAGAUUAUGAAGUAGUAAAAGUGAUUGGUAGAGGAGCAUUUGGAGAAGUUCAGUUGGUAAGACACAAGUCAUCCCGAAAGGUCUAUGCUAUGAAACUUCUGAGCAAGUUUGAGAUGAUAAAAAGAUCAGAUUCUGCAUUCUUUUGGGAAGAAAGAGAUAUCAUGGCAUUUGCAAAUAGCCCUUGGGUUGUGCAGUUGUUUUAUGCAUUCCAAGAUGAUCGUUACCUUUAUAUGGUGAUGGAAUACAUGCCUGGUGGGGAUCUGGUGAAUUUAAUGAGCAACUACGAUGUUCCGGAGAAAUGGGCAAGGUUUUAUACUGCAGAAGUUGUUCUUGCGUUAGACGCUAUUCACUCCAUGGGUUUUAUUCACAGAGAUGUAAAGCCUGAUAAUAUGCUGCUAGACAAAUCUGGUCAUUUAAAACUAGCAGAUUUUGGUACCUGUAUGAAAAUGAAUAAGGAAGGUAUGGUACGAUGUGAUACAGCUGUUGGAACUCCGGAUUAUAUAUCCCCAGAAGUAUUAAAAUCACAAGGUGGUGAUGGUUACUAUGGGCGAGAAUGUGAUUGGUGGUCAGUUGGAGUCUUUUUGUAUGAAAUGCUUGUGGGGGAUACACCUUUUUAUGCAGAUUCUUUGGUUGGAACAUAUAGUAAAAUUAUGAAUCAUAAGAAUUCUCUUAGCUUCCCUGAUGAUAAUGAUAUUUCUAAAGAUGCAAAAAAUCUUAUUUGUGGUUUUCUAACAGACAGGGAAGUUAGAUUAGGAAGAAAUGGUGUGGAAGAAAUCAAGCGACAUCCAUUUUUCAAAAAUGAUCAGUGGUCUUGGGAAAAUCUUAGAGAUACUGUAGCACCUGUUGUGCCUGAUUUAAGUAGUGAUAUUGACACUAGUAACUUUGAUGAUCUGGAGGAAGACAAAGGUGAAGAAGAAACAUUCCCUAUACCAAAAGCUUUUGUUGGCAACCAGCUACCUUUUGUAGGAUUUACUUAUUAUAGUAACCAUCAGUAUUUAUCCACCUGCACAGCUAAUUCUAAUGACAACAGAGCAAGCACCAACGUAGAUAAAAACUUGCUGGAAUCUUUGCAAAAAAAUAUCUAUCAGCUUGAAGAACAGCUGCAUAAUGAAAUGCAGUUGAAAGAUGAAAUGGAACAAAAAUUCAGAACAUCAAAUAUUAAACUAGACAAGAUAAUGAAGGAACUAGAUGAAGAGGGAAAUCAGAGAAAAAAUUUGGAAUCAACAAUUAAUCAAGUAGAAAAGGAAAAGAUGCUCUUGCAACACAGAAUAAGUGAAUAUCAAAGAAAAGUUGAACAGGAGAAUGAGAAACGUCGAAAUGCAGAAAAUGAAGUGUCAACGUUAAAAGAUCAGCUGGAAGACUUAAAAAAAAUUAGUCAACAUUCACAUAUUACAAAUGAAAAAAUUACACAGCUGCAGAAGCAACUUGAAGAGGCCAAUGAUUUGCUGAGGACAGAGUCAGAUACUGCAGCAAGACUAAGGAAAAGUCAUACAGAAAUGAGCAAAUCAAUAAGUCAAUUUGAAUCAUUAAAUAGGGAGUUGCAGGAGAGAUGCAGAAUUCUAGAAAAUACAAAAUUACAGGUGGAAAAGGAUUAUUUCCAACUGCAAGGAGCACUGGAAGUAGAACGAAGAGAUAGGAGUCAUGGAUCAGAAAUUAUUGGAGAGCUACAAGCUCGGAUUACAGCUUUACAAGAAGAAAUCAAAGGAGUGAAAAACAAUCUUGAACGAGUGGAAGAAGAAAGAAAACAGGCCCAAGACAUGCUUAAUCAUUCUGAAAAGGAGAAGAAUAACUUGGAAAUAGAUCUAAACUACAAACUUAAAAUGGUACAACAGCGUUUAGAGCAAGAAAUAAAUGAACAUAACAUAAAUAAAGCUCGGUUAACUGACAAGCAUCAGUCAAUAGAAGAGGCCAAAUCUGUUGCUAUGUAUGAAAUUGAAAAAAAGGUUAAAGAAGAACGUGCAGCAAGAGAGAAGGCAGAAAAUAGAAUAGUUCAGAUUGAAAAACAAUGUUCCAUGUUAGACUUUGAUCUGAAGCAGUCCCAGCAGAAGAUUGAGCACCUUACUGAACAGAAAGAGAGACUGGAAGAUGAGGUUAAGAAUCUGACACUUCAGUUGGAACAUGAGAUAAAUAAAAGAGUGAUGACACAGAAUGAACUGAAGAUGCAUGCUAUAGAGGCAGAUAGUUUAAAGAGUUCUGAGAAACAGCUAAAACAGGAGAUCAACACAUUGUUGGAAGCAAAAAGAUUAGCAGAAUUUGAGUUGGCUCAGCUGGCUAAGCAAUACAGAGGGAAUGAAGGCCAAAUGCGUGAAUUACAAGAUCAACUAGAAGCUGAACAAUAUUUUUCUACACUUUAUAAAACUCAGGUUAAAGAACUCAAAGAAGAAAUUGAGGAAAAAAAUAAAGAAACGCAGAAAAAAAUACAAGAGCUGCAAAAUGAAAAAGAAACUCUUGUUACACAGUUAGAUCUGGCUGAAACGAAAGCAGAAUCUGAGCAGUUAGCCCGAGCUCUCCUUGAAGAACAGUAUUUUGAACUAACACAGGAGAGUAAGAAAGCAGCAUCACGAAGUAGACAAGAAAUUAUUGAUAAGGACAAUAUUGUUAGUCGGCUUGAAGAAACAAAUAAUACAUUAACCAAAGAUGUGGCAUUUUUAACAAAGGAGAAUUCUGAGCUAAAUGAAAAUAUUAAAAAACUUGAAGAAGGUAUUUCAUAUUUCAGUGUUGUUUUUUUGGAAGAAGGCCAACACCUUUACAAUAUUAUCUCAUUCAUAAGAGGAAUGGUCUUUCAGCAUUGCAGCAGCAAAAUAUGGUUUGGCAUCCUAUAGAUGUUGCUUUAUAGCUGUGCUUUUUUUUUUUUUUGGUCCAAAGGAUGAAAAUAUUAUUGAACACAAAGAACUAAUUCAGAGAUUUUAAGAUCUUAAGAUCUGAUUGUAUAUAGUUGUAUUCAAGAAGACAGGAUUCAGUCUUUGUAAGUCUGGAAAAAUGUGAGAUAACUUGGAAAUGCAGUGAAUUGUUGGAGUUCACAUAUGAGGGUUUAUCUAAAUAUUAUGUGAGAAAAGAUAUAGGUGGUAUUG